AUGAUUUUGAAAAAUAUAAGCACAAUGAAUGGAUUUCUCCUCAUGGGGUUCUCUGACAACCAUGAGGUGCAGGUCUUACAGGCUUUGCUCUUCUUGGUGACUUACCUAUUAGGCUCAACAGGUAACUUCAUCAUUAUCACCAUCACAACACUGGAUCCACAGCUCCAGUCUCCAAUGUAUUACUUUCUGAAGCAUCUUUCCAUUCUGGACCUCUCAUCACUCUCUCUCACAGUUCCUCAGUAUGUUUAUAGUUCACUGGCACAAAGUGGCUACAUUUCAUAUGGCCAGUGCAUGAUGCAGGUUUUUUUUUUCACAGCUUUGACCUCAAGUGAGAUAGCCAUUCUCACAGUGAUGUCUUAUGACCGCUAUAUGGCCAUCUGCCUCCCACUGCACUAUGAGGUCAUCAUGGAUCCCAGAAAGUGCACUUGGUCUGUGGCUGCUGUGUGGCUAAGUGGAAGCAUCUCAGGAACUUUAUACACAGCAAGUACACACUCUAUCAGAUUCUGUGGGGACAAAGUAAUUCACCAGUUCUUCUGUGAUGUCCCCCAGUUGCUCAAGCUCUCCUGCUCUAAUGAUCACCUUGUAGUAAUUGGAGUGAUUGAUUUCCUGUCUGUAAUUACCUUUGCCUGCUUUAUUGGGAUCGUCAUCUCCUAUGUCCACAUAUUCUCCACAGUUCUCAGGAUGCCCUCUGCUGAAAGCAGGUCUAAGGUCUUCUCUACUUGCCUGCCCCACCUUUUUGUUGUCUCAUUGUUUCUUUCUACAGGCUUCAGUGCAUAUCUAAACCCUACCUCAGACUCUCCAUAUGCUUUAGAGUUCUUAGUCUCUGUAUUUUAUGCAGUAAUACCUCCUACUCUUAACCCUGCUAUUUACAGUCUGAGAAAUGAGACCAUAAAGAGUGUUGUAAGGAAGUUACUGUUUAGUCCAAAAUUUGCUGGGUAG